CUGAUCACAUAUGCAAAAUCAAACAACAAAAACACUUUAUUUUCACUUGUAAAUUUUACUACCAACUAAGAGAUGGCUGCACAGAUCAUUCCAACAGUUACUUUGAACUCUGUCGACGCGAAAUCGAUGCCGGUUUUGGGACUAGGCACUGGUGGUUUCCCCCCUUCACCACCAGAAGUAGUGAUCAAGGCAGUGCUGGAUGCAAUUGAGCUUGGUUACAGGAUGUUUGACACUGCUGCUUUUUACCAAACAGAGGAAGCUCUUGGUGAAGCUAUAUGUCAGGCUGUUAGUCUCGGUUUGAUCAAGUCUCGCGACGAGGUCUUUCUCACCUCUAAGGUCUGGUGCAAUGAUACUCAGGCAGAUCGGAUCCUCCCUGCCCUCCAAAAGACACUACAGAUUAUGAAGUUGGAGUACCUUGAUCAGUAUCUUGUGCAUUGGCCAGUGAGCUUGAAGCCCGAGGCAAACCCUUUUGCCCUAAAGCCGGAUGAUGUUCUUCCACUGGACCUGAAAUCUGUUUGGACAGCCAUGGAAGAGUGCCAAAAACUCGGCCUUACCAAAUCUAUUGGUGUGAGCAAUUUCUCUUCCAAGAAGGUUGCUGACAUUCUGGCUUUUGCUAAGAUUCCUCCAGCAAUCGUUCAAGUGGAGUUCAACCCAGCAUGGCAACAAGGGAAGCUGAAGGAGUUCUGCGAGGCCAAGGGAAUCAAGGUUGCUGCCUUUUCUCCUCUUGGAGCAGCAGGCGCCUUUUGGGGGACCAAAGGAGUGUUGGGAUCCGAGGUUCUGAAUGAAAUUGCAACGUCAAAAGGGAAAUCUGUAGCCCAGGUGGCUUUGAGAUGGGCCUAUGAACAAGGAGUUGUCGUUGUGAUGAAGAGUUUCAACAAAGACAGACUCAAGCAGAAUCAGGAGAUUUUUGACUGGGAGUUGAGCGCGGAAGAGUCCAAGAAGAUUGCUCAGAUCCCGCAGAGCAGGGCAAACCGUGGGGACAAUUUUGUCUUUGAAAAUGGCCCUAUCAAGUCUGUCGAGGACCUCUGGGAUGGAGAACUUUGAGAUGAUCAUUACAUGGUUGAAAUUGUUUAUGAAAAUCUCCGGGAAUAAGUGAGAACACAGUCACUCAUAGAUAAUCUGUUUCAGUAUCGUCUGGUUAAUUUGUUUAAUUUCUUCAAGUGAACAUUGUCUGUUGGCUUAUAUGUGCAACAAUAUCAGUGUCUAGAAGAGGCUGAGAAGUUUGUUUACAUUUUCUUUACAUGUUUGUGCAAUUAAAAAUUGCUUGAGAAUAGUACUCCCUUAUCUUUCAUGUCAACAUCAAGCUAAUAAUAUAUUUUCUAUUUCGUAA